GGAAAGUCCGCUUCGCGGCCGUCAAGGUCAUUCUUCCCGGUGAAGAACUCACACUGGCGCUGUGUAAGCAGGAUAUCGAUCGGAAGGAAAUCAUCACGACCAUGUGAACUAUGUCGCAGUGUCUGUGGAUUGCGCGAUUAGCGGUACUGGGAUAGCCGAAGAUGCUUCAGCAAUCAAGUGCGAGGAUGAUGAAUAUGGAGAUGAUAAUACGCCAGCAAUGUCGGCGGACGUUCCACUCAACCUCGUUGCUGGUUGUUUCCCAUUUGACGGCUAUCAGCUGACUUUGGCACAAGAUGAGGCAGGUGUGCUACCUCAGUCCCCAGCACUGCCAGCGCAUUCAGAUGCACAACCGCCUGCGUUACGCAUUGUUCAGCGCGAAGGCUCUCCCGAGUAUCCGUUUCUUUCCGGCUUCGGCUCAACUGCAUCUGAUGCGUUGUCGGAGGAAGCUCUCUGUCCGGGGAAACGGUUCAAACGGAGCAGUGCAGAGAAAGAAUCAGUCUUUUUUAUGUCGGAGGAGAGGCCCUUCGCGCAUGUUUAUUCCCUUCGUGGGCGAAAUGUAGUACGCACUGGUUUAUCCUGUAAUGAUGCGGAUUUGUCCGACAGCAGCGAUGAAAAUUUCUGUUUAUCGGGGAACAGCGAUUCUUCAACUACCGAUGCCGAAUCUUGUAGCGAAAUGGAAGAGGAUCUGGAAUAUUCAACAACAAAAAAACGAGGCAGAAAACGUCGCGCGAUUGAUGCGAGAGGUACGAGAUCUCCACCCAAAAUUGGAGCUAUGAUUCGAGAAGACGCCGCUGAUACAGGGUUACUGACUAAUGUUUACAGGGCGAAAGAGCCGAAUGAACUACCUCCAGCCAGGAGCAACAAACGCGGGCAAAGGCAUGAAGAACAAAUGCGACGAUUGAAUGCGGUUGCCAAGGUUAAUCCCUUCCAGUUUUCCUCGCGAAAGGAACGUCGCGCUGCAUGGACAGCAGCGUGGCAGGCGUACCAGGAUGAUGCGGAAGUUGACCAUCGGCAGCGGAAAUCGCAGAAAGUCACGUUCACAUGGAAAUAUUUACGGAGAUAUAUCAAAAUGCAUUUGGAUGAUUUUCCCCAAACGCUGGAUCGCUACAACGAAGAUACCGCCAGGGAAAGCAGACGACAGUAUAUCCAAGUUAUGCGAGUGAUAGCAGAGCAGGCUGGAAAGGAUUAUGCCAAUAAUGCGCAUCCCUUGACCAUUGACAAGAAUGUCGACGCAGUUGGGGUGGAUAUGUUCAGUGUCGUAGUUGACACUCAGAAUACACCAUCCACACGGCGGUCUGUUAAAAAUCACUCCAACAGCCGCUACGUAAGCUAUGUAUACCGUUUCGUAUGCUGGGAGUGCUCGUUGCAUUUCAAGGAUGAAAACCUGCUGAAUCUCCAUAAUUUGCAACACAGCGGUGCGCCCAACGAAAGCACGAUCUCACUGGAUUGUCCCGCUUGUCGACGAUCGUUCCAGAAGCUGCCGAAUUUAUUGCAUCAUGUCAUGGAUCACGGCGUGAAAGCCUCGCAGAUUGUCCAUUUUAUCCCGACAGCUGACCCCACCAUCAUGAGCUUUGCUUCCGGUACGGCGGCUCCCAUGGAUGUGCUGGCGCAGAGUCAUGACGCGCAUGAGACGUGCUUCAUGUACACUUGCGGAUUGGCUCAGUGCGGACUUCGAUUUUGCACGGAGACGAUGGCGGAUUUGCACCAACUUAGUCACCGCGUGCCGGAUAAUUACCAAGGCGAAGAUGUUUGUGCGGGAUGCAACUAUGUGGCUGCCCAUGCGGAGGAUUUGCUGAAGCACGUCGCUCGGCAUGGAGCGAAAGCCAGCGAUCGAAAACUGUGUCGUUUGUGUGGAGAGUUUGUGGAGAAUAUGGUGGUGCAUGUCCAGACUAAUCACAAGGAAGAAUAUCUCAAGUACGAAGCGGGUUUAACUCUCCCCUGCGACCAUUGCGACAAACUAUUUCGAACAUCUAUCCAUCUCGCCACGCAUAAAGUGUGGGCACACAAAGGUGAACAAGGGCGACUAAGAUGUCUGGUUUGUGCAAAACCGUUCCCGACGAACCAUCAGCUGCAUGCACAUGUAGAAAAGGAGCACACAACGGGUUUAACGUGUGUGGUGUGCCAAAAAAGCUAUUCAAGAUACGACCGCUUAUAUGAGCACGCGAAAACGCACAAGGAGGUCCAUAUUUGUCCCACUUGUGGCUCGGUGUUCCGCUCUAAAAGGAGCUUAGUGCAGCAUGAGCCCAUUCACCGCUCGGACUAUUCAAAUGCCAUUUGUGACAAGGCCUUCAAGAGAUCCUGCAACUUGUCGCAGCAUAAAAUGAUCGUGCACACGGAUAAAAUGCGCAAGAAGCGUCAAGCAAAACGGGAGGAAAUGCGGCGGAAGGGAGUGGUCAGCGAGUACAAGUGUCCACGACGGAGGAUGCGCUACGACGAGUUUCCGUAUAAAUGCGAAGAAUGCCGGCUCGGCUGGAUGCUGCUGGGUAAUUUGCAGCAACAUCAACGGAAGAAGCAUUCCGAUCCUACCGAAAAUGUUCAAACUGGCCCUAGUCAUUCGGUGUCUGCUCCCAACGGAAACGCUUAAACGAAGUCUGAUCGAUCUGUUUAAUUUUUUACGAUAAUUCGCAAUAAGAAAUUUGUAGAAACUGCAGGACUUGUGCAAAUUUUUACGUUGUUGAGAAUAUUCUAUAAUUAUACAAGCCUGUUAUACAGACUGCUUUAUUAUA